CCACCAAAUAGUGUCAAAAUUUCCAUCUCAUCUUUCUCUUUCUAUAACACACUACUUCUUCUCCCGACAAUGUCUUAACUCUUAUGCAGCAGAGUGCUGACACUGACAACAAAUACCCACUUCUUUAUUACUUUCUUCAUUUUGCCUCGUACUUCCCACUUUACUCACUCUCAAGAUUCUUUCUUCUUCUUCUUUCCUUUUACUACUUCUCUACCACUUAUAAUUAACUAUGUUACAGAAAGAGACAAAUGUAGUCUUUUCUUAACUCGAAUUUACUGUCACUAUAAACCACCUACUCUAAAUCUUGAAUCUCUUUUUGUUAUACAACUUCCAAGAAUUGAUACCAAACAACCCCUUUACAUUUUUUUUUUUUGCUUUCUUCUUUCUAAUAUUUUCUUUCAAUUUGAGAUCUGGGAACUUUAGUUUUGAUCAAUGGAGGGUGCUGACAUGAAUAAGCCUGAGCAGGUGUUCAAUUCUUUAGAGCCAGAAUUCUCUGUUUCAUCACCAGUGACUCGUCAAAAAUCAGCUGCUGCUAAACAGAUUAUUGAGAAUCAUUACAAGAACUAUCUUCAAGGCUUACAAGAUCGCUUAGAAAGGCGAAGAACGUUGCAGAGGAAGGCGCAAGAAGCACAGAUACCGGAUGAUGAGCAAGAGAAGAUGCUGAGGAAUUUGGAAAGGAGGGAGACUGAGUACAUGAGAUUGCAGAGGCAUAAAGUUGGAAUUGAUGACUUUGAAUUGUUGACUGUCAUUGGUAAAGGCGCAUUUGGUGAGGUUAGACUAUGUCGAUCCAAAAGUACUGGUGAAGUAUUUGCCAUGAAGAAAUUGAAGAAAUCAGAGAUGCUUAGCCGGGGGCAGGUUGAGCAUGUCAGAUCUGAGAGGAAUUUGCUAGUAGAGGUUGAUAGUCGGUGCAUAGUGAAACUCUUCUAUUCUUUCCAAGAUUCAGAUUUCUUGUACCUUAUCAUGGAAUAUUUACCUGGUGGUGACAUUAUGACCUUACUAAUGAGAGAAGAUAUUCUUUCUGAAGAUGUCGCACGGUUCUAUAUGGCAGAAAGUAUUUUAGCAAUUCAUUCUAUUCAUCAGCACAAUUAUGUGCACAGGGAUAUUAAGCCUGAUAACCUUAUACUGGACAAAAAUGGACAUCUAAAGCUUUCUGAUUUCGGUUUAUGUAAACCACUGGAAAACAAAUACUCAUCACUGUUGGAAGAUGAAGAUCUGACAAACCAGGAGUCCAUAAGUGUGACUGCUGUUAGUGAUAGUGCUCCGUGGUUAAUGCAAAAAGACCAAUUACAACAAUGGAAACGCAACCGCCGUGCCUUGGCAUAUUCUACUGUGGGGACUCUCGAUUAUAUGGCACCCGAGGUUUUGUUGAAAAAAGGAUAUGGAAUGGAAUGUGAUUGGUGGUCACUGGGGGCAAUCUUGUAUGAGAUGCUUGUAGGUUAUCCUCCCUUCUGUUCAGAAGAUCCAAGAAUGACAUGUCGCAAGAUUAUCAAUUGGAGAGCAUGCUUGAAAUUCCCGGAUGAACCAAAAGUACCAGAUGAGGCUAAGGAUCUGAUCUGUCAUUUGUUGUGUGAUGUUGAAUCAAGAUUGGGGACCAGAGGAGUGGAAGAAAUAAAGGAUCACCCUUGGUUCAAAGGAACUAAGUGGGAUGUACUUUACGAAAUGGAAGCUGCCUACAAGCCCAUUGUUACUGGAGAACUAGACACUCAGAAUUUUGAGAAGUUUCCUGAAGUUGAAGACGCACAAUCAACAGCACCAAGAGUGGGACCCUGGCGAAAGAUGCUGACAUCAAAAGACGCCAAUUUUAUUGGAUAUACUUUCAAGAAAUCAGAUAUUCUUAAAUCAGCUGGAACUUCAGGGAUAGACGCGAGUUCAAAUGGAUCGAAGCCUCCUCCAUCUUUAGUUUCAUUAUUUGGUCGUGUAGACUUGCAAGAUGCAACAAAGGAGGAAGACCAAAAGAGUAACAACUGACUUUGGUGUCCCGUUUGUAGAGGACAACAAGCACGAAUUUCUUUUGUACAAAAAGGAGAGAAUAAACAGUCGGCAUUAAUUUCUCACAGUUUUUGAGUUUCACUGUCGCUCCAUCUGGCCUUCACCAUGUAAUGGUAAAUGUACAGGCAAAUUUAUACAUGGCUCAAUUCAAUCAAAAAACAUUUAUGGGAAAUAUCAAUUUUACUUCAAAUACUUUGGUUAAUGUGAUGUUGGAUUCUUGAAUUUACUUCUGGAGUUAUUAACUUUUUGGAA